AUGGAAAAUUUUGAAAAAUUUCUUACUUUGUUGUUGUUUAUUGUUAUACCUAACAUUGUUCAAGUAGAUGCAAAUUUUUUCAAAAGCAUGCAUAUUACAUGGGGUGCUCAACAUGCAAUACUUCAUGAUGAUGAUCUUCAACUUAUGUUAGAUAAAUCUUCAGGAUCUGGAGCGAAAACAAAGAGACCAUUUUUAUUUGGAACCAUUGAAACUCGAAUUAAGCUUGUGCCCGGUAAUUCUGCAGGAAUAGCUACAUCCUUAUAUCUAUCAUCAUCAGGAAAUCAACGCGAUCAAAUAGAUUUUGAGUUUAUAGGAAAUAUUGCAGGACAACCUUACAUUGUUCAUACAAACAUUUUCUCACAUGGAAGUGGAAACAAAGAGCAACAAUUUUAUCUUUGGUUUGAUCCUACUACUGAUUUUCACAAUUAUACUAUGCAUUGGAACCCCACCGAAAUUGUGUUUUAUAUUGAUAGCAUCCCAAUUAGGGUUUUCAGAAACUAUGAAAAUGAAGGCAUUGCAUACCCUAACAAACAAGGCAUGAGGGUUUACAUAAGCUUACAUAAGGCAGAUAAUUGGGCCACUAAAGGUGGACUUGUUAAGGUAGAUUGGAGUAAUGCACCAUUUACAGCCAAAUUUAAUCAUUUUAGAGCAAGGGCUUGCAAGUGGAAUGGAAAAGUGAGUAUUUAUGAAUGUGCUUCAAAUAUACCUGCAAAUUGGUGGACUUCUCCUGUAUACAAACAAUUGAGUUAUGCUCAAAUGGAUCAAUUGAAUUGGGUUAGAAGUAGUCAUAUGAUCUAUGAUUAUUGUCAUGAUACUCAAAGAUUUAAUGGACAAAUGCCUCUUGAAUGUUACAAGGGGCAAUUUUAA